AUGCCGUUGAAGUUUCUUGUUCUUAUAUUCGUUCUUAUAUUGCAGCUUUUGGUCGUUGUAAUUGGUGAUUCUAUUACUCUGGUUUGUGUAGCUUUUAAGUCUCUUGAUAGAAGAGUCGAUGCUGUCUUCAAUGCUGACAAUUUCUUUUUCACACUCUUUCCAUUUUUCAUAUCUAUCGAUGUAAUUGUUUCGAUCAUCUUUGCUUGCACCCAUUUUGAAGUGAGUUUCGUUCGAUUGACUGUUUAUAAUAUUUUAUUUCGACUCUCCCUUUUUGCCUCAUACUCCUACCCCUGCUCCUCCUUCCUGCGAGUUGAACGAACUCGUUCUUUUAGAAAUACGACAGAACAGAAAUUCAACAUGGCUACAGAAGCUAUUAGCUCAAAUUCGGAGAGUAUAGAAGCCCUUAGCAGGGAAGCUGAAGUACUCAAAGCCAAAUUGGAGGAUGAGAAGGCCAAGUUGAAUGAUGUGGACAUGACUGUAGUUGCCCAAAAACUGGAAAAUUUGCCAUCAUUCAACAUUAAACACCGACGACAACUCAAAGGACAUCAGGGCAAAGUACUAUGCAUGGACUGGUCCACAGAUAAACGACACAUAGUUAGUUCAUCCCAGGAUGGGAAAAUGUUGGUGUGGGAUGCUUUCACUACCAAUAAAGAACAUGCAGUUACCAUGCCAACAACAUGGGUAAUGGCCUGUGCCUAUGGACCCUCAGGAACUGUGGUUGCUUGUGGGGGCUUAGACAAUAAGUGUACAAUUUAUCCCCUGAGUCUGGACGAAGAUCCAGCCAGCAAAAAGAAAGCCGUUGCUACUCAUACUAGCUAUCUAUCAUGCUGUACAUUCACAAGUUCAGACCAACAGAUAUUAACAGGGAGUGGUGACAGUACUUGUGCAUUGUGGGAUGUGGAAAGUGGUCAGCUAAUUCAAAGCUUCCAUGGACAUGCUGGGGAUGUCAUGAGUAUUGACUUAUCCCCAUCUGAAACUGGCAACCAAUUUGUGUCUGGCGGUUGUGAUAAUGUUGCAAUUAUUUGGGACAUGAGAACUGGCGAAUGUACCCAGGUAUUUGAGGGUCAUGAAAAUGAUAUCAACAGUGUGAGAUUUUACCCAAGCGGAGAUGCAUUUGCUACAGGUUCAGAUGAUGCUACAUGUCGUCUUUUUGACUUACGAGCUGACAGAGAAGUCAGUUGUUACAAGAAAGAAAGCAUAAUAUUUGGUUGUAACUCCGUUGACUUUUCUUUAAGUGGGCGUUUACUGUUUGGAGGCUAUAAUGACUACACAGUGAAUAUAUGGGAUGUACUCAAAGGUAAUCGUAUUUGUGUGUUGUACGGACAUGAAAACCGAGUGAGUUGCCUAGGAGUAUCACCAGAUGGCACUGCACUCUGUACUGGGAGCUGGGAUAACACAUUAAAAGUGUGGGCUUAA